UGGUACCUGGUUUAAUAGAAAACAAUUAGGUUUGGGGCCCCUGGGUGGCACAGUCAGUUGAGCGUCUGACUCUUGGUUUUGGCUCAGGUCGUGAUCGCAGGGUCUUGAGGUUGAGCCCCACGUUGGGCUCUGUGCUCAGUGCAGAUUCUGCUUGAGAUUCUCUUUCCCUUUCUUUGAUUAAAUAAAAAGCUCAGGCCUUCUGGCUGGCUCAGUUGGUUAAUGUCUGCCUUCGGCUCACGUCAUGAUCUCAGGGUCCUGGAAUCGAACCCCGCAUUGGGCUCCCUGCUCAGCGGGAGCCUGCUUCUCCCUUUCCCACUCCCCCUGCUUGUGUUCCCUCUCUCACUGUGUCUCUCUCUGUCAAAUAAAUAAAUAAAAUCUUUAAAAAAAAUAAAAAGCUGAGAAGCACUCACAGAUUCCAUAAAGACAUUACCUACCUGUCACAUAUCAGUAUCAAUAUUUAUAAAAUUUCAGACACCUUUUCUAUACACUCCCUGGUUGCAGGCCUGUUCAUUGGUCAAAUCUGUGCUAAGCUGAAUGUCUGGAAACAUCCCCAAACAUUAUUUUGUUUGUUUUGUUUUGUUUUUUAUAGAGAGAGAAGGGAGGAGGGGCAGAGGGAGAGAGCAAAUCUUAAGCAGGCUCCACGCCCAGCAUGGAGCCCAAUGCAGGGCUUGAUCUCACGACCCUGAGAUCAUGACCUGAGCCAAAAUCAAGAGUUGGACACUUAACCGACUGAGCCACCCAGGCACCCCAAACAUCGUUUUACAUUAUACAAUAUUACAUUUAUAAGCAUUGUGCUUAAUACAUAGCAAAGCACUGUGCUAAGCAUGUUGUAUGAAUAAAAUUAAUUCUUGCAAAAAAAACUCCAAGGGUGAAUGCCAUUAGUAGUUCCAUUUUACAGGUAAGGAAAAACUGAGCAUUCAAGAGACUGGACAUCUUGCUCAAACUCACUGGGCAGCAAGCAAGUUAACAGCAUCAGAAUUCAACCUGUGACGGACUCCAAGGCCACCUAAUGAAUAAAGAAGGACGGAGAUAGGUGAUGGGGCAGACAGAAGGACUAACAGGUAGAUGGAGGUAGAGAGAGACAGCAAAUAGCCUUUGCAUACUAUUGCGAAACACAGCACUCCGGACGCAGCCUGCUGUCCUUCUCAGCCAGGCAGCCUAGCAGAUGGGCUAGCAGCAGGAGAGAGAUUCAAAAACCAGAGCAAAAGCUGUAGAACACGAGUGCUUAGGUUUCCGCAGAACCUCACAAGCAGGUAGCAGCUAAGUACAUUCUCCAACCUAUUGUCCUGAGCACCAUGUGGGUGAGACUGCUCUCUGUAGUUGCAGAUUUCUGUUUUUCCCCUUUCCUAGUUACGGAUCGAGAGACGGCUUCAGACGCCCUGGAGAAAAGCUCCCUGUCCUCUCAAGACCCUCAGCAGCCCACUAGUACUGUUACAGUAAUGGAAGAUUCUAGUACAACCAAGAGUGACAAGGAAGAGAAAGAACAAACCACUCAAGACCCUGACUUGGCCACUGAAGCCAGUCUUCAGUAUGUGGGGGUGAUAAGGAGGAAAAAUGGCAUUCUACUGCUCACCCUUGUGUCCUUCCUCAUCUUCAUACUCUUCAUCAUCGUCCAGCUCUUCAUAAUGAAGCUUCGGAAAGCGCACGUGGUGUGGAAAAGAGAAAACGAAAUCUCAGAACACACUCUAGAAAGUUACAAAUCGAGGUCAAAUAAUGAAGAAACAUCAUCCCAAGAGAAAAAGGGCCAAACUUUCCACUCUAAGAGCUACGUGAACUACAUCACACGGUUGUACUCAGAAGCAAAAACAAAGAGGAAGGAAAAUGCACAAAAUUCAAAAUUUAAAGAAGAGCCCACUCAUAUACCAGAGAGCAUUGUGUAGUGCUCUGUGCAGUAGAAAAUAUGAUUUGGGGGGCAGCCACAUCAUCACAGUGGGGCAGCCUAUGGGAAGAAGCAUAAUAACUGUCACAUGAAAAAUAGACUUUGAGUGCAAUGCAAGAUGGUGUCCUCCCAUGGCAAUCUGCUCUGGAUUCAGAGUCAUGAAAUGAGGACUGGACCGUGGACACAAAAGCUUCAUAGUUUAAAAAAGAAAAGAAAAGAAAAGAACCUAUUAUGUCUCACACUACUUCAGAGCAGGAAGAUUCUCCCAAGCCUUGGAGAUCAGGGUUGAUUUGGCCAGCAAACAUCUUACCCUGAAGGGAAAAGGAGGUCCAGUUGUCCCAGAGGAUCCAGUUGAGAAUCACAUGUUUAAUUUUAGUCUCAUUCAGUUUGGAACAGUUCCUUAAUCUUUCCUGUACAUUCAUGACAUUUGGGAUAGUUUUGAAGAUUGCAGCCUAGUGAUUUUGUAAACUGUCCCACAGUUUGCCUUUGAUUGUUUCUUCGUGAUUAGAUUCGGGUUACAAAACUCUGAUGGGACUGUCACAGAAGUGAUGUUUUGGUUAUGUCACUGUGUUUUAGUUACCCCUUUCUUGAUCACUUGAUGAGGGUGCUGUCUGCCAGCUUUCCCCACUGCGAAGUUCCUCUUCCUCCUUUGUGAGCUGAUACUUUGUGCAGAGAUGCUUUAAAAAUAUGUAGAUAUCCUGUUCCUCGUCAAACUUCCAAGUCACUCAUUUAUUUAUUUAUGGACUCACGGUUUCCUGUUAUUCAAUGAGUUACAAUCUGUUACUAUCCUGUCUCACUCACUGAGUUAUAAUCUGUUACCAUCAAACUAAUCUCUUGCUAAUUGGGUGAUCAAUUGUGGAAACAGGCUUCUGUGUCCUUCUUAUCCUCAGCCUUUGAGCACUUUCUUCCUUUUUGGUAUGAAAUAUUCCAGGCUCAUCUUCAACUCUUGCUACCCCAGCCCUGUAAUGAGCCAUUUCUCCAAGGAUCCCUGAUUCCUUUUAGUGGAAAAUGACAUUUAGAAGCCAAAACCCAGGGGCUAUGUGUGCACACUGCCUUUGGGAUAUCAUUGUCCUCAAGUCAUCUCAGUAGACAGAGCUAGGGAAUAUAUGAAAAAGUGGGCAUAUAGUUGACCCUUGAACAACAUAUGUUUGAACUGCCGAGGCCCACUUAUACACAGUUUUUAAGAGUUGACCACAAAAGCCACAGGGCAUUUAUUUACCACUGCCUGCCCCAGUCUCCAAAUUGAAGGCAACUGGUGUUAUGGUCGCACCUGCUGCCCUGUGACUAACCCAGGAGACCUACAGAGGCCAUCAGCAGCCCCCAGAAACCCUGGAUCCCUCCCCUCCAAGUCCUCCAUGGUCUGGGUUCCCUGCUGGUGCUAGGGUGGCUGCAGGCCUCGGGCCCCUCCCAGGCAGGGCACAAACCCCUCCCCAUGCAGCACCCUGGCCCCACCGCCAUCAGGAGGCUGGCGGGCUCAGACGUGGUCACAGCUGCCUAUCCCCACAGGCAGUGGUGCAUCUCCAGGCAGAGGGGCAGCUGUCUUGCACUCCCAGGUUGCUAUCACUGCCCACAGCCCACCAGGGAGCUGCUGCAGCUGACCUGAGGCCACCAGGCUGCAAAACAGCACCAUCCAGAGGCCAGGUCUGUCACUGCCACCACCUCUGUCCUGGCCCAACCACCCUGCAGGUGGAUUGUUUUUUCAAUAAAUAUAUGUACAAUACUAUAAAUGUAUUUUCUCUUCCUUAUGAUUAUCUUAAUAACAUUGUCUUUUCUCUAGCUUACUUUAUUCUAAGAAUACAGUGUAUAAUACGUAGAACAUACAUAAUAUGUGUUGACUGACUGUUUUGUAUUUUCAGCAAGGCUUCCAGGCCAUAGUAGGCUAUUAGUAAUUAAGUUUUGGGCGAGUCAAAAAGUCCUACAGUAAAAAGAAGAAGAAGAAGAAGGUAGCAG